UUCCUUUCUACUUUGAUGUGUAAGUAGGAUGUCGAUCCGGAAAGGUCGUCGUAAGACGUUGUUGCAAGUGAUUAUAAUGCAUAACAUAUACUUCGGAAUCGAACGGCGACGAAUGUCCAACACAUUACUAUUAUGAGUACAUGCCCAGAAAGCGGGCCCAUCAAGGGCCCGUUGCGCUGGGCAUAGGUUCGCAACUAGACAGAUAAGACUACGACACAAGCCGGCUACGGGUAAGCUAGGAAGCUGGGAAUAGCUAAGCACCUGCCGAGCUAGGUCUCCUCAAGCAGCUACCAAGCUAGCUAUCGCGAAGCAGCUAAUAGCAAGCUACCUAUGGCCAAGCAGGUAGCAAGCUAGCUGUGGCCAAGCAAGGAAGUAGCUAGCUGGCUAGGUAGAGCAGGGCAGCUAGCUAAUAAGCCCCCCAGAUACCACAACGUAUGCAUUUUGUCACUGUCAUUGUCAUUGAAAAACACUGCUGCAGAUAUUAGUAUUUAGAGUGUUAGCAAUUUUUUUAAGACCAAGACUUCUCCUUAAGGGGGCUUCCUGAAGGAGCUUCCUUAAGGAGAUUGCAUUCCUUAAAGAAUUUCUAUUAUAUAUAGAAAUCUAUUACAGGGCUUCCUUAAGGGCAAAAGAUGAGCCUUAAGGGAGCGCCUUAACGGGGCCCUUGUAAUAAAAUUGGGUUAAUGUUAGGCCCUUUCUUAAGAGCCACCUCUUUCUUAAGGGCCUCCACUUGCUAACUUAGCCAUGGCUAGCCUGCUCGCUGCUUAGCCAUAGCUAGGAAGCUCGCUAGCGGCUUAGCCAUAGCUAGCCUGCUAGCUGCUUGGCCCUAGCCAGCUUGCUUGCUGCUUGGCCAUAGCUUUAGUCAGCUUGCUACUGGCUGCCUAACCAUAGCUGGAGCGCUAGCGGCUUGGCCAUAGCUAGCUCGCUAGCUGCUUGGCCUUGUCUAGCUUUCUUCUAUCUGUUUAGCCAUAGCCUGCAAGCGCGCCGGCUUGGCGCUAGCUUAGCCAUUGCCAGCUUGCUAGCCUAGUCACGGCCACCCUGCUGGCUUAGCCCGGCAUGGCUAGCCUGUCCCAGUCGUGACCAGCUUGCUACCUAGCAGCCUCGCCAAAGCUAACCUGCUAGCUUAGCCAUAGCCACUCCAGCUUGUUAGCUUAGCAAUAGCUAGCCAGCUGGCUGAGCAAUGGCCAGCGUCCAUGCCGGCUUAUUCUAAGCCAGCCGCGCGUCUUAGCGGCUUGCGUCGUUUGUCUUAUCUGUCUAGUUUCUAAGUGCUAACCUCUGCCCAGCGCAGCGGGCCCUUGAUGGGCCCGCUUUCUGGGCAUGUAUACAAAUGAUAUAGAUGAAAAUGCUAAAAAUGAAUAUCAUUAGAAGAAUAAGCAUACUACACGGAUCACAAGAUUUAUCGAAUGAUAUCAUCACUAUCAAAAGCUAAAUAAAUCGCUUGAUAUAUCGCCUGGAUAUGUCUAUGUCCUCUGUAACGCAUGGAAAUAUUCAUUCCUUUUCCUUCUUGACGUAAUUCGUAGUGACCUCACGUGUGACCGUGCAUAGAAAUCAACAUAGACAAUCUUCUUCAAUGUCUUUCAGCGGCCACAGGAAUUAAAGGUGGGCUUUUUCGAAUGGUGUAGGAGUAAGGAUGCGGUG